UGUUCUUCUGUCGUCGCGUGUGGCUUGCGUGCGCAUCAUCUGUCGAGGCGCAAAACAUUCGGGCGCUGAUUUUUUCGGCUUUUGGGCCGGGCGUUUAAUCUGUGUUUUUACUCCGUGUGGAUGCUUUGGCAAUUAUCGUAUUUACGUUGAUGCAAUUUGACUGGGGGAGCGCGUAAUUGCAACCGGAAACUGUAUUCCAGGAUCCCUUGCUGCUACUGGCUACACGGCGAUGCGCCUCGCUCGCCGCUUUAGGAAAUGCAUUGAUGAUCCGGAAGAGUCACUUAAAUUGGCGGUUUGCUAAUUUGUGGGCAGUUGAAUGAAUAAUUAUAGUUGAGCUGAUGCUAUAAUCUGUAGUAAAUAAGCAGUGUUUCCUGUGUGUUGUGUGACAUAAUAAGUGUAAAAGCCAAAUAAAAUAGUUGCUAGAUAUUUGAAGUGGGAUCGGAUUCAUGUUGGGAGCAUCCAAAUCCAGUAUCAAGAAAAUGUAAGCAUUGCCACAUCGAAGGCAUCGAAGCAAGAAAUUCCAAUCCCGACCAAAAGAGUCAAGUUCAAUUGGAUAAUCGUGCCGUCACGCUGCAUCGUGUGAGGUGAAUUUUACCGAAUUUUGGGUGGGUGAUCCUGGAAACGAGCCGAAUUCUCGGGAAAUAACGGAUAAAGUUCAUUAAAGUGCAAAUCCAAAACAAAAAGAAAAAUCCGGGAAGAAUCUGAUGGCUUUCACGUGAUAAGCAAAACGAAACCAGUUUAAAUUGAAUAUCGAUUUUUGCUCGUGAGCAGUGCAGUUUUUGCAGCAGCUUUGGGGAAAGAUAAAAAAAAAUUGCCAGCUGAAAAACAUCAGUGCAAUUGUUAGCAGAACGCCACAGAAGUAAUAUGAAACUCCAGAAAAGUUUCCAGUGAACACACUCGAAUAUAAAAUCCUAUAACUAACAAAAAAACUAAAGGGUGGGUGAUAAACACCUUCUAUAUUUACACGAGCGUUGUUGAGUUCUACAGGCGUAAUCCGAAACCCGGCAUAGGGAUUAGUGUUUCCAGAGUGAACAGAACUGGUGAAAGCGAUUUUUCCAGCAGCAAAAAGUAGCAGUACAACUAAACGAGAGGAUCUAUAAGCUAAGCGACGACGACGACGACGACGCAUCUCUAUAAAUCCGACGCUGCUGCCAGAAGCCGGCUCCUGUAGUCAUAUCUACAUAAGUAACAGCUUCUCGUUUCUCAAUAAGUCGCUUAGCCGUCAACAGUGUUUACGCGCGGGAGCAACACAUGCUUCGGGUGAUCUCGUCAUCGACAGAAUCGUCAACGCAAUCUGGAAGAUGAAGAUGCCGAAUGGCCCUCUCCUAGUGUGUGGUUCGUAAAGUUUGUAAGUUAAUCGGCUACGGCCAUUAGUGGGCACGAGUUGUUUAGUGACGAAGUCAGUGAAGUAAAUGAAGUAAAUUGAAAAGUAUCGGGCAAGGUUCGUUGAAAGUAUUUCAAUUUGGUACAGUGUAAAGUAAAAGUAAAGAAGUCGUCAGUGGUCAGUGUACAGAGGCCAUGGGGAAGCUCGGCGCCGCAGAUAGAAUGCGGCCACCGAGUGUCGGUGAUCCGGAUUCGUCCGAUGGCUGUAGGCGGCAAUCCAUGACAGCAACGCAUCAUCGUAGACAACGAUCUAAAGUAAUCAGUGUUUCAAUGUUAGCCAUCGUAUUAGUGUUAGUGUUUAAUCUCAAUGUUGCCCUAGUAUCGUGUAAGCAUCAUCGCCAUCAUAGCGCUAGCAGUGAAGAGUUUAAGUUCGAUCCAACGAACAGCUUUAUUAGCAUAGUUCUACCACACGAUACAUAUCCCGGGUACAGCAUCCAGAAGUUUACGGCAAACUUCACUAGCCCGAACUCGCCAUUCUCGUCAAUAUCGUCAUACUCAUCGAAACCGUUCAACUAUCGGAUGCUGGAGACAGACUACUCCAAGUACUUCACAGUGCUGGACGAUGGUAUGGUUAUGACCACUUCGGAUCUCUCUCCGCUAGUCAACAGACCGGUGAAGCUGGUCGUCCUGGAGGAGACACCGAAUUCCACAACCACACACCAGCUACAGCUGUACAUUAUGAAUCGCAAAGACAUGCUACACUUCCCCAGUGCACUCGGCGAAACGGUCGGCGAAUUGUACGAAAACAAGAAUCCCGGUACGCGAGUCCGAGAACUUCCGCUUCUACAGGCAAACUCCGCGCGCGGUGCCAAAACGAUAAUCUACUCAAUCGUGAGUGGAAACGACGGUCACGAAUUUGCACUGGAGGACAGCAGUAGCGGCGAAAUCAAACAUACCGUCCGCAUCGACGACACUCGCAAGCACGGUGUCUGGCUAGUCUCGAACAAACCACUCGAUCGGGAAACCAAAGACGAAUACACCAUCGUCGUUCAAGCCACCGAUCCAAAGAAGAUCAACAAAGCCGAAGUCAAGCUACAAAUAAAGAUCCUCGACGUCAACGACAAUCCCCCUCAGUUCACCAAAUCCGACUACCGCUUCACCGUAACCGGUAUCAAAUCAACCACAAUCUACGGUAACGAAACAAUUUCCUGGGAACGCUUCACCAGUCUCGGCAAAGUCGAAGCCAAAGACGCCGACGGAGACAAGGUAGCUUACCGCCUAAUCAAUCCCAGCAACACCGUAGUUAUCGUUCCUCAAACCGGUGAACUCCUUCUCGCCGGUGAACCAGACCUCUCGGAGCUGUUCAUCAACGUCGAAGCUCACGACAUCCGCACCCCUUCUCUCAAAUCAGAGAAACCAGCACGGGUACUCCUAGAAUUCGUUGCCCCGGACCCAAUCCCCGUUGUUCUUCAACAUCUCCAACACGAAUACCAACACUCGCACCGAAGAGACAAACGUCGGGUAACUCGCGCAGUGCGUCCAACGAAACGAAUCGAAUUCACCGAAGCCGACGGUGAUACCGAAGGUCGGAACGUGUUCCAACUGGAAAAGGAAACCGAUCGGGAAACGUUUAAGAUUCGGGACGAGAACCCAUGGGUGACGGUCGAAACCAAUGGUGCCGUACGGGUGAAGAAGAAGUGGGACUAUGAAGAGCUUGGACCGGAGAAGACCAUUGACUUUUGGGUCAUCAUCACCAAUCAGGGACAUAAUGCUGGUCUGAAGUAUACCGACAAUCAGCGAGUUAUCAUUCAUGUGAAGGAUGUGAACGACGAGCCGCCAUACUUCAUCAACCGACCGCUUCCGAUGCAGGCCGUGGUACAGCUCAAUGCUCCUCCAAACACCCCGGUAUUCACGCUUCAGGCCCGGGAUCCGGAUACGGAUCAUAACAUACAUUACUUUAUCGUUCGGGAUCGUACCGGAGGACGGUUUGAGGUUGAUGAACGGUCCGGCGUUGUUCGAACUCGAGGAACCGAUGUAUUUCAACUGGAUAUGGAAUAUGUGCUUUAUGUUAAAGCUGAGGAUCAAAACGGCAAAGUGGACGAUCGACGAUUCCAAAGUACACCAGAAGAACGACUUUCGAUUGUGGGUGGUAAACGUGCCCCGCAGUUCUAUAUGCCCAGUUAUGAAGCGGAAAUUCCCGAGAAUCAGAAAAAGGAUUCAGAUAUCAUAUCGGUGAAGGCGAAAUCGUUUGCCGAUCGGGAGAUUCGGUAUACGUUGAAGGCCCAGGGUCAGGGAGCUGGUACCUUUAAUAUUGGACCUACUUCCGGAAUCGUGAAGCUCGCUAAGGAACUGGACUUUGAAGAUCUUCGGCAGCCGCAUGUCUACUCACUGGUGGUGACGGCCACUGAGGAUUCGGGCGGAUUUUCGACCUCAGUUGAGCUCACCAUUCGAGUGACGGACGUGAACGACAAUGCGCCGAAGUUCGAACUUCCCGAUUACCAAGCGCACAACGUGGACGAAGACAUUCCCCUGGGAACGAGCAUCCUUAAGGUGAAAGCCAUGGACGCCGAUUCAGGUGCAAACGCAGAAAUUGAAUACCUAGUAUCGGACGACCACUUUGCAGUGGAUUCAAACGGAAUCAUUGUGAACAACAAACAACUCGAUGCCGACAACAACAACGCUUACUACGAGUUCGUUGUCACCGCUAAGGAUAAGGGAGAACCGGCCAAGACUGGAACAGCUACCGUCCGCGUCUACACCAAGAACAAGAACGAUGAAGAGCCUAAGUUUUCACAGCAGGUGUACACACCGAACGUCGAUGAGAAUGCUGGACCUAAUACCCUGGUGACAACUGUUGUAGCAUCCGAUAAGGAUGGUGAUAAUGUGCGAUUUGGGUUUGUCGGUGGUGGCACCAGCAGUGGUCAGUUUGUGAUAGAAGAAAUAACCGGUGUAAUUCGGUUACACAACAAGGGUAUAUCACUUGAUCGGGACAAAUACGAGCUUAAUGUGACGGCCAUGGACGAUGGAUCCUGUUGUAUAAACGGCGAUGCUACUAUCCAUACGUCGACAGCGGUGGUUGUGGUUUUUAUUACGGACGUCAACGACAAUAAACCGGUGUUCAAAGAUUGUGGAACCUACUAUCCGAAGGUGGAAGAAGGUGCUCCCAACGGAAGUCCGGUGAUCAAGGUGCAGGCUACUGACGAGGAUAAGGGCGUUAAUGGACAGGUCAAAUACUCGAUCGUCCAGCAGCCGAAUCAGAAGGGCACCAAAUUUACCGUGGACGAAGAAACUGGUGAGGUGUCAACGAAUAAAGUGUUCGACCGUGAAGGUGAUGACGGAAAGUUUGUCUCAGUAACGGUGAAGGCUACAGAUCAGGGUGAACCCAGUCUUGAGGGUGUUUGUUCCUUCACGGUGGAAAUAACCGAUGUUAACGACAAUCCGCCGCUGUUUGAUCGACAGAAAUACGUCGAAAACGUCAAGCAAGAUGCCAGCAUCGGGACCAACAUCCUACGCGUAUCCGCUUCAGAUGAGGACGCCGACAACAAUGGUGCCAUCGUGUACACUCUCAGUGCCCCGCACAGCCCCAACGAUCUGGAAUACUUCGAAAUACAGCCGGAAUCGGGCUGGAUCGUGCUGAAGAAACCCCUUGACCGCGAAACGUACAAGCUGGAGGCGAUGGCCCAGGACAAAGGCUACCCGCCACUGUCCCGUACGGUCGAGGUGCAGAUCGACGUCGUCGAUCGGGCCAACAACCCGCCGGUCUGGGACAACACAGUUUAUGGUCCGAUAUACGUGAAGGAAAAUAUGCCGGUCGGUGGAAAAGUCGUUUCCAUUAAAGCCAGCUCCGGAAUCGAGGGAAAUCCCACCGUGUUCUACCGGUUGAUGCCGGGCUCGACGGCACAAACGAAUAAGCUGCACACGUUCUAUCUGCAGCAGCGGCCCGACAACGGCGACACCUGGGCGGACAUCAAAGUCAACCAUCCGCUCGACUUCGAAACGAUCAAGGAGUACAAUCUGACGGUGCGAGUUGAGAACAACGGCGCCCAGCAGUUGGCAUCGGAAGCGACUGUUUACAUACAAUUAGAGGAUGUAAACGACGAAAUUCCGCUGUUUACCGAACGUGAACAGGAAACAGUUCUGGAAGGCGAACCGAUCGGGACCAAGGUAACCCAGGUGAACGCCAUCGACAAGGACGGAACGUUCCCCAAUAAUCAGGUGUACUACUACAUCGUCGAUUCGCCCCGAAAUGAGGGAAAGGAUUUCUUCGAAAUUAACCUCCAAAGUGGAGAAAUCUUCACCAAGGUGGUGUUCGAUCGUGAGAAGCAGGGAGCCUACGCCCUGGAAGUGGAAGCCCGAGAUGGAGCACCCUCAGCCCGACCCAACAGCAACCAGCAACCCAACUCAGUGACCAAAUUCAUCCGUAUCGGAAUCGCCGACAAGAACGACAACCCGCCCUACUUCGACAAGGCCCUCUACGAAGCGGAAGUGGACGAAAAUGAAGACAUCCAGCAUACGGUACUCACCGUCACCGCCAAGGAUCACGAUGAGUCCUCGCGUAUUCGAUAUGAGAUCACGAGCGGUAACAUAGGUGGUGCUUUCGCCGUCAAAAACAUGACCGGUGCUAUUUACGUGGCCGGUGCUCUGGAUUAUGAAACGAGAAAGCGAUACGAGCUCCGUCUGGCCGCGUCCGAUAACUUGAAAGAAAACUACACGACCGUGGUAAUCCACGUGAAGGACGUCAACGACAAUCCGCCCGUUUUCGAGCGGCCAACCUAUCGGACUCAGAUCACCGAAGAAGAUGACCGCAAUCUGCCGAAGCGUGUCCUACAGGUGACGGCAACGGACGGGGACAAGGAUCGGCCCCAGAACAUCGUGUACUUCCUCACCGGGCAGGGAAUCGAUCCGGACAACCCGGCCAACAGCAAGUUUGACAUCAAUCGGACCACCGGCGAAAUCUUCGUGCUAAAGCCUCUCGAUCGGGAUCAACCGAACGGACGGCCGCAGUGGCGCUUCACCGUGUUCGCCCAGGACGAAGGUGGCGAGGGUCUGGUGGGCUAUGCCGACGUCCAGGUCAACCUGAAGGACAUCAACGACAAUGCACCGAUCUUCCCGCAGGGUGUCUACUUCGGCAACGUUACCGAAAACGGCACCGCCGGCAUGGUGGUAAUGACCAUGACGGCCGUGGACUAUGACGAUCCCAAUGAAGGUACGAACGCGAAACUGAUCUACUCGAUCGAGAAGAACGUCAUCGAGGAGGAGACCGGGUCGCCGAUCUUCGAAAUCGAGGCGGACACCGGCGUGAUCAAGACAGCCGUGUGCUGUCUGGAUCGGGAACGAACACCGGACUACUCGAUACAGGUCGUGGCGAUGGAUGGCGGGGGGCUCAAAGGGACGGGGACGGCCUCUAUACGCGUCAAGGAUAUAAACGAUAUGCCGCCGCAGUUCACGAAGGAUGAGUGGUUUACCGAGGUCGACGAAACGGAUGGAACCAAUUUGCCGGAGAUGCCGAUUUUGACGGUGACGGUUCACGAUGAGGACGAGACGAAUAAGUUCCAGUACAAGGUGAUCGAUAACAGUGGUUAUGGAGCGGAUAAGUUCACCAUGGUUAGGAAUAACGAUGGCACCGGAAGUUUGAAGAUUGUUCAGCCGCUGGAUUAUGAGGAUCAGCUGCAGAGUAAUGGGUUCCGGUUUAGGAUUCAGGUCAACGAUAAAGGGGAGGACAAUGACAAUGACAAGUAUCACGUAGCUUACUCGUGGGUUGUGGUUAAACUGAGAGAUAUCAACGACAAUAAACCUCAAUUUGAGAGGCCUAACAUAGAGGUGUCGGUAUAUGAGAAUGCCGAUGUUGGUAAAACGCUGGAAACGUUUAAGGCGACAGAUCCGGAUCAGGGUGGAAAGAGUAAAGUAUCGUAUGCCAUCGAUCGGACGUCGGAUCGGCAGCGGCAGUUCUCCAUCAACCAAGAAGGUACGGUAACGAUUCAGCGGCAGUUGGAUCGAGAAGUUACCCCGAGACAUCAGGUCAAGAUUUUGGCGAUUGAUGAUGGAAUCCCUCCAAAGACUGCGACUGCAACGUUGACAGUUAUCGUGCAGGAUAUCAACGAUAAUCCACCGAAGUUCUUGAAAGAUUACCGACCGGUGCUGCCGGAACAUGUUCCACCGAGGAAGGUUGUGGAAAUUUUGGCUACAGAUGACGACGAUCGUUCCAAGAGCAAUGGUCCUCCGUUCCAGUUCCGGCUGGACCCUGGUGCGGAUGACAUUAUUCGAGCUUCGUUUAAGGUUGAGCAGGAUCAGAAGGGUGCCAACGGAGACGGUAUGGCAAUUGUGUCUUCGCUGCGUUCGUUUGAUCGGGAACAGCAGAAGGAGUACCUGAUUCCGAUUGUUAUCAAGGAUCAUGGUAAUCCGGCGAUGACCGGUACUAGUACCCUGACGGUUGUGAUUGGUGACGCGAAUGACAAUAAAAUGCAGCCCGGUUCAAAGGAGAUAUUUGUGUACAACUAUUUGGGCCAGGCUCCGGAUACGCAGAUCGGUCGGGUGUAUGUCUACGAUCUGGACGAUUGGGAUCUGCCCGAUAAGAAGUUCCACUGGGAGACCAAUCAUGAGCACCCUCGGUUUCAGCUGAACGAAGAUACGGGUAUGAUAACGAUGCGAACUGGAACCAAAGAUGGACGGUAUCACUUGAGGUUUAAGGUUUACGAUAGGAAACACACGCAGUCGGAUGUGCAGGCCAAUGUAACUGUUACGGUUAGGGAGAUUCCUCAUGAUGCGGUUACUAAUAGUGGAUCGAUACGGAUAGCAGGGAUAUCGGACGAGGACUUCAUUCGAGUGUGGAACUAUAGGACCCAGAGCUUGGCCAGGAGUAAGCUGGACCGGUUUAAGGAUAAGUUAGCGGAUUUGUUGAACACCGAUCGGGAGAAUGUAGAUGUGUUUAGCGUUCAGUUGAGGAGAAAGCACCCUCCUCUAACGGAUGUCAGGUUCUCUGCACAUGGAUCGCCGUACUAUAAACCGGUGCGGUUAAAUGGAAUUGUGCUGAUGCAUCGAGAGGAGAUCGAGAAGGAUGUUGGAAUAAAUAUUACGAUGGUAGGAAUUGAUGAGUGUUUGUACGAGAAUCAAAUGUGUGAAGGAUCGUGUACGAAUACGUUGGACAUAAGUAGUCUACCUUAUAUGGUGAAUGCUAACAAGACUUCUCUAGUGGGAGUUCGAGUGGAUGUGAUAGCGGAGUGUACUUGUGGAGCGCGUAACUUCAGUAAGGCGGAAUCGUGUCGAUCGUCACCAUGUUAUAAUGGUGGUCGCUGUAUGGAAACGAGGUACGGAUUGACUUGUUCCUGUCCGACCGGGUAUACUGGGCCAAGGUGUCAGCAGACGACGAGAAGUUUCCGCGGAAAUGGCUGGGCGUGGUAUCCUCCACUGGAUAUGUGUGAUGAUUCUCAUUUGAGCUUCGAAUUUAUUACUCGUAAAUCCGACGGUCUACUUUUGUACAACGGACCUAUUGUUCCUCCGGAGCGAGACGAGCUGCUCGUUUCCGAUUUUAUUUCCGUCGAGCUGGAGAGAGGCUACCCAAGACUGCUGAUUGACUUCGGUUCCGGUACGUUGGAGCUUCGAGUCAAAACCAAAAAGAGUUUGGAUGAUGGCGAGUGGCACAGGUUGGACAUCUUCUGGGAUACCGAGAAUGUUCGGAUGGUUGUGGAUCACUGCAAGUCGGCUGAGGUUUCGGAGAUGGAAGACGGAUCGCCACCGGAGUUCGACGAUUCUUCUUGCCAGGCUCGGGGAACCAUUCCGCCGUUCAAUGAAUAUCUGAACGUCAAUGCACCUCUGCAGAUUGGUGGAUUCUAUCGGGAGCAGUUUGAUCCGACUCAUUACCGAUGGAACUACAUGCCUAUGGGUAAGGGCUUCGAUGGUUGUAUCAAAAAUUUGGUGCACAACAGCAAAUUGUACGACCUGGCUCAUCCAGGUCUCUCGAGGAACAGUGUUGCCGGAUGUCCGCAGACGGAAGAAGUUUGCAGUCAAAGUGAACAAACUUCACGCUGCUGGGAACACGGCAAUUGCGUUGGUAGUUUCACGGAAGCUCGCUGUCAGUGCAGACCGGGAUGGACUGGGCCAGCUUGUAAUAUCCCAACUAUUCCAACUACGUUCAAACAACAGAGCUACGUCAAAUAUGCUCUCAGUUUCGAACCGGAUCGGUUUAGCACUCAAAUUCAGCUUCGAUUCCGAACUCGUGAGCAGCACGGAGAGUUGUUCCGAGUAAGUGAUCAGCACAACCGAGAGUACGGUAUCUUGGAGAUCAAGGAUGCUCGCCUUCGAUUCCGAUACAAUCUGAACUCGCUGCGAACGGAAGAACGCGACAUCUGGCUAAACGCGAUUGCCGUUGAUGAUGGCCAGUGGCACGUGGUUCGAGUGAAUCGACAUGGCUCGGCAGCAACUUUGGAGCUAGACGGAGGUGAAGGCCGACGCUACAAUGAAACGUUCACAUUCGACGGCCAUCAGUGGCUGCUGGUGGACAAACAGGAAGGUGUCUACGCAGGAGGAAAGGCCGAAUACACCGGAGUACGAACCUUCGAAGUUUACUCCGAUUAUCAGAAAAGCUGUUUGGAUGAUAUACGACUCGAAGGCAAACAUUUACCUCUGCCACCGGCCAUGAAUGGCACCCAGUGGGGCCAAGCGACGAUGGCCCGGAACCUGGAGCGAAACUGUCCGUCCAACAAGCCCUGCGCUAACGUCAUCUGUCCGGAUCCGUUCGAAUGUGUGGACCUCUGGAACGAGUACGAGUGCACGUAAGUAGACAGAAUCAAC